UAGACUUGUCGAUUGUCACCCAGAUAGCAGAGAAGAAACAAUUAGCAGCCUCUAGCUUAGCUCCAUUUUGAUCGGUUCUUAAUUACUUUUGUCAAUCGGCCGGCCAGCCGGCAGGAGAGAGAUCUAGAGAAGAAGAAGAACAAGAACAAGAGGAGGAGGUGGAAGAAGAAGAAGAAGAUGGGGAGGGGGAAGAUUGCGAUUGAGAGGAUCGACAACACGACGAACCGUCAGGUGACCUUCUCCAAGCGGCGCGGAGGGCUGAUGAAGAAGGCCCGUGAGCUCGCCAUACUCUGUGACGCUGAUCUUGCUCUCAUCGUCUUCUCCAGCACCGGUCGCCUCUACGACUUCACGAGCUCCAGUGGAAUGGAGGCAAUACUAGAGCGGUACCAGGAGGCAAAAGAGGAGCACUCCGGAGUGUUGAAUCCAUCAUCUGAGGCAAAGUUAUGGCAGAGGGAGGUUACAACCUUGAGGCAGCAAGUGCAGAACUUACAACAUAAUAAUAGGCAACUAUUGGGAGAGGAGCUAUCUGGUACCAACAUUCGAGAUCUGCAGUUUCUAGUGAACCAAGUUGAGAUGAGCUUGCAUUCUGUAAGAAAGAGGAAGGAGCAAGUUAUGGCUGCGGAGAUCCACGGACUCAACCAAAAGGGAUUUCUUAUUCAGAAGGAAAAUAUAGAGCUUGGCAAGAAGUUGAGCAUUGCUCAUGAGCACAACAUAGAGCUGCAGAAGAAGCUUUCCGGGUCCAUGGUAUCGAGUGAGCAGCAAGCCAGCGGAAGCAGCUCAAAAGCUGCUGCUGGGUUAUUGUUCUCGACUAGAGUACGUGAACCAAAUAUCGACCUUGAGUUGCGCCAGCAGGAGCAUGAGGAUGAAUAACACUACCUCGUCCACUGCAUGCAACAGCGUCAACAGUAUUUUCAGUCCAUGUGUAGACGAUUGAAGCUCUUUCGUGUGCAAUUUGAAGCAUAGACCUGCUUAGAACCAUUUUUUUUGGUGUUGUCACAAACAUGUUAUAUAGCAGCAGCAGAUGCAGUCUGUAUGUGAAUCUAAUUACUCGAUAUUAACAAGGAUGCAAGAGCAAGAGAAGAUCAAGUAUAGUAUGAACGAAC